GUCCCCGGUGAUCGGUCGGAUUUUCAGUAUUUCAGUUUAUUCGAAGUUCAGGUGCGGUGGGAAAGCGUCGCUCACUAAGCAGGAGCGGUGCCCCACGAUGUCAGACCACCCAGAGCAGACGGAUGCUGAUCAUGCACUUUCUCUGUUAUUCGAGGAGCGCCCCAUCGAGCUCACUAACCAAUCCUGCCUGUCGGGCCUUACCGCAAUCAUGUACAACUAUUACAAGAACUACGUUCAUCCGCUGAUUGACUUCGAGUUUAAGUAUAAAGAGGAGUGGGAAAUACCUUACGAUUUGCUGAGCGAGCUCGAGUAUGUCGGCGCAGGCGCAUACGGCAAGGUUUACUCGGCCAAGCUGAGGGGGGAAGUGGUGGCUGUGAAGAUCCCUGAAGAUAAAAAGGAGACGGAUAUGAUUUAUUUGCGCGAACUCCAACACGAGAACAUCGUGCGUUUCCGUGGAGUUUGCACGAAAGGCCCCAACUAUUGUAUUAUAAUGGACUUUUGCCAGUACGGCAGCCUCUAUAACUUCCUCCAUAGUGGAACCCGUGUGAUGAUCAACCGUACCCUGAGGUGGGCCAAGGAGAUAGCCUUGGCCAUGUCCUACCUUCAUUCCAAGAACAUCAUUCACCGGGAUUUGAAGAGCCCAAACGUACUCAUCGCGGACAAUUUAGUCUGCAAAGUGAGCGACUUCGGCACGUCGCGCAAAUGGGAGAAAUUGAGCCUCGUCAUGACUACACGAGGCACCACUUACUGGAUGGCUCCAGAGAUGAUGCUGGGCAAGAAGUGCUCUGACAAAGUGGACGUGUGGUCCUACGGGGUUGUGCUGUGGGAGCUGUUGACCCAGGAGGUGCCGUAUGAAGAUCUGCACCCGUGCGCGGUGACUUACGGAGUGGGGAGGGGCAAGAUCUCGCUGCCAUUGCCCUCCACUUUCCCCCUGCACAUGAGGAUUCUGCUGUCCCAUUGCUGGAACAGGGUUUCGAAGAGCAGGCCGUCGUUCGCCCGCAUAGCCGACGUGCUGACGCUCGCCUGCGACCAAUGGAGCUGGCUGGGCGAUGACCUGUUCAACACUAUGCAGGACACGUGGCGCCAGGAGGUCCAGUUGGCCAAGAAGAAUGGCUGGCAAACCAUCCAACCGAAGGACAUGGCCAUCAUCGAGCAGCCGCCGAAGCAGAACGGCUUCGUUCACAAGAAGAUCAUGCGCGAAGCAUCCAAGAUGUAUAUGGACGCCUGUGCCUUGUACCUCCGCUUGGAGCAGAGAGAAGUCGAUAUUGCUCAACGUGAGCUAGCCUACCAAGGCCGCUCCAGCGCCAUUGCAUGGCUGAACCGCCGCCGCGGAUCCACCUCCUCAUCUUCAGGGCUCACCCCCGCCCAGAUGACAGUGGUGAAACUCCACCAGGGUCUGACAAACAGGGGGAAAACCGUGACCAAACUCACCGAUACCGCGUCCCUCCCGGACGAGGUGACACGACUCCCGCGCAACCGCAAAAUGCGCAUUCAAACACCCAAAACUGAGACAGUCGCUGAGGCAGCCGAGAUGACCACGGAGGAGGUCACGAAAAUGACCACCGAAACCAAUGAUGUGAACGGUAAUGAAGACAAGAAGGGCAAGAUUGAAACUUCAGUCAACUGCAAUGCGAAUGUGCACAUGAAUGAUAAUUACAUCGUCGAACCGGUCGCUGUCUAAAUUGAAUGAAAUUCUUCAUUUGUCAGCGUGUAACGGAACGCGGAUUUCUCACUUGCCAACAUUGAGAAAUAUUAAAUUUUAAAGUUUUAAAUGUGUGUCUAUCUAUAUGAUAUUAUGUCAUUGUUACAAUUAAAUAUGACGAUGUAUUUACGAUCAUUGAAAUUACAAUUUUAAAUGAUGAGACCCCGUGUUUACAUAGAUAUUAGCAGUUUCCAUCUCAGUGUUGUUAUUGUAACCCAUGAAAUAAUGAUAUGAUUAUUAUACGAUUAAUUAAAAAAAAACUUACCAAAUGAUGACCCCCCCACCGCCCAAUUAAUGUUAAAUGUGUAUAUGUAGAAAUAACAAAAAAAUAAAAAAAAAUACAAUAGAUAAGAAGUUUCAACUUUGUGAAAAC